UGAAAUGGAGUAUGUUUAUAUUCGAAUAAUAACGAAAACAAGGAGAAAAAUUGUGAAGAAAUUGUGGAAAAUACAGUUAAGAAAAAAAAUCGUUCCUUUUAGGUACAGGAGAAAAGUUAUUGUUGACUUUUCGUAAAAAGUAGCUCUUGAGCGAGAUGGCUGUGUCUCUGCAAACUCGUGUUUUCUACGGUCUGAGGACAGACAUUGCCAAUAACGCACACUAUAUCACAGAUGCAGAAGUUUUAUAUCCAGUCGGCAAUGCACUGGCCAUUCACAAUAUUCUUCAGCAUCAGCAAAAGCUGAUUCGAUUACCUGAAAAGUAUUACGCAAACGUCAUUUGUGUAUCGCCUAACAAGAAAUUUGUUGCUUUAUCCGAUGUAGGGGACAAACCUACCAUAUCCGUUUAUGAUCUCAACUCUCUGAAGCGUAGGAAGCUGCUUGGGAUACCUUUCGACGCUCCAGGAGUAACCAGGUUUACGUGUCUGGGUUUUACUUUCGACAGUAAGAAUCUGGUAGCAAUCACCGGCGAACCUGAUCAAACGAUGCUCUUUUACAACUGGGAAAAGGGCAAAAUCGAAUCGACGUUCAAGCUGGCCAAUCCACAAAAUCUAUUGGCGAUCGCUGAGAUGUUGGCAUGCAAUCCCACAGAUGCGACAGUAGUGGCGGUCGGAGGUGCUUAUACCUUUAAGUUCCUGACCAUUUCUGAGACAGUGUGGCGCCCAUAUGGUUUUGCAAAAGCUGAGAACCUUCUUGUCAGUUCGAUGGCCUGGUUGGACGGCGAUAGACUCAUGGUUGGCACCAACGACGGCCGCAUGCUCUAUCUGGAGAACGGCGAUCUUAAGAACGUAUACAAAAUGACCGAUACAGUGACAAUGAAUCUCAAGAUUCGCGAGGAAUACGUUAUGCCUAUUGCCGCCAGCUCACAGAUAACACUAGAAGCAAGCAAGGAAGUUACCUGGCAACAAAACGUAGCCUGCUUGAUCGCAUUUCCACGUGGAUUUGCUUAUGCGCAUGGUGAAGGGACCGUGGUAUUCUUCGAGAAAGAAGGGAAACAUAAGUACACGAUGAGGAAUGUCUAUGUGAUUCCACAGCGAAUGGUAAAAGACGACGACCCGGAUCUUUACAAGAUCAACGCGAUCAAUGUGAAUCUUAGCUUUGACCGAUUAAUCGUCACCACCAGCUGGUCCCAACUGUAUUACGCGACACUGUGGGGUCCAGAUCUGCAGAUGGACCCAGAACCACAGACAAUGAAGAUUAUGGGCCAACCAUUACAUCAUGGUUCUAUCAGUGGCCUCUCCAUGUGCGCGUGGAAGCCGGUCUUCAUGACAUGCGGCAAAUUCGAUCAUAGCGUUCGACUGUGGGAUUUUGAGACUGAAAGCCUUAUUAUGCUAAAGCAGUAUGAUGAAGAUAUAUCCAGCGUAGCAUUGCAUCCAAUGGGACUAUUCUGCCUGAUCGGCUUCACCGACAAACUACGCUUCAUGAGCAUCCUGAUCGAUGAUCUGGUACCAAUGCAUGAGAUCGCCAUCAGAAAUUGCAAGACGGUUCGCUUUAGUUGCAAUGGUCAUCUAUUCGCCGCGGUCAACGACAACGUCGUGCAAGUGUACACCACUAUUAGUUUCCACAAUCCUUUCAUUCUCAAGGGACACACAGGCAAGGUGAAGGCGCUUCUCUGGUCACAAACGGACUUAAAAAUGUUAAGCAUGGGUGCAGAAGGUUCCAUAUAUGAGUGGGACAUGACCACUGGCACACGAUUCAGCGAGUUCAUCUGGAAAAACAUCAUCUUACGCGACAUUGUACUUUCAUCGGACGCAUCGUUUAUUUACUGCAUUGCACAUGAUGAUCAGAUACGUGAAAUCAAAGAGAAUGAGAUAAUACGAGAGUUUCGAUUACCUGGCAAAGAAAUGCAACAAAUGAUUAUGGGGAAAGAUGACCUAACGUUAUUUGUAACUUCUCCUGGUGGUAUCAUCAUUUCAUUGAAAAGUCCGCUUCAAACUCCAAUAGAAUCAAUGGACUUUCACAUGCAUUGCGUCGAUAUCACACAGAUGGCACUCUCUUACAAUGAAAAUUGUCUAAUCUCGGUUGCUGAGGACGGUAGUUUGUGCAUUUGGAAGUUAUAUUCUCCCGAAGGAAAAAUCAUGAAAAUGAGCAGAGAUUUACCAUAUACGAAUGAAGUGUUAAUCGGUAAAGGUGACUUAGAGGAAAAGAUAUACAACAUCAAAAAUCUUACAGUGAGACUGAGAGAAUUAGAAACGGAACACGCAUAUAGAAUGCGACAGAUUGAUAUUCAACACAACGAUAAAUUGCGUGACGUACACCAAGGCUAUUGCGAAGCCAUCCAGGAACUUGCAGACAAAAUAGAAAAGGAUCGGGAGGACCAUACAAAUGAAAUAAACAAUAUGAACGUGAAUAUCGUGAAGAUGAAAGAGACUCACGAAAAGGCGAUGCAAGAAAUGGAAAAUAAUUAUGAGGACAAGUUGAUUAUGGAAUACAACAAGUAUCAGGCGUUCGAAGAAUGUACUAAUGCUAUGCGAGAGAACUAUGAGAAGCAAUUGAAAGAUCUUGAGAAACGCGACGCGGAACAAUUGCAAAAAACCGUGACGAAAUACGAAGCUUUGCUUCACGAAAAGAAGAUACAACUGGAAGAAAUCUUUGAUGAGAUGACGCACAAGGAGCGCGUUCACGAGCGUCUGAUGACACAAAUAGAAGACGACGCGGAUCAUGAGAUUCUUGAGAUACGUACGAAGUACGAGAAUCUCUUGUACGAGGAAAGACAGAUUAAUUUAAAACUGAAGGGAGAGGCUGGAGUAAUGCGAAACAAAUUCAUGGCCAGUCAGAGAGACGUGGAUGAUCUAAAGAGGCAAGUGCAUCGGGUGCAAGGCGAAUAUGCGCAGUUUCACAAAAAUAUACAGGAUCUUGAGAAGCAAAUAACGGAUUUAAAGAAGGAAAUCACCGAAAGGGAUGCUACUAUUCGGAAUAAAGAGCAACAGAUAUAUGAUAUGAAACGAACGAAUCAGGAAUUAGAAAAAUUCAAGUUUGUAUUGAAUUUUAAGAUUGACGAGUUGAAUAAUCAGAUACAACCGAGAGAUCAAGAGAUACAGGAGCUGAAGGAUAGUAUUCGGAACAUGGAGGAGGAGCAUAUAAGUCUUCAAAAGACCAAUGAAAACUUGGAAUUGCAGCUACACGAGAAACAGGAGAAAUUACGGAUCGCACGUCAAGAAACUGAUCACGAAAUUCGUAAGAACAAAAGAUGUCAGCAAUUGUUACGAAAGAUUCGCGUAGACAUUCUUGACGUCUCGAGACUUGUACAAGAACCGAACGCUCUGAAAACCGCGGUGACUAAUUUAUAUCACAAAUAUAGCGCGGAUGAUGAAAUCCUACAUAGUCGCAAAGUAGAUAUGGAUGCGCAGUGUGAAUUCAUUAAGCAGAAGAAUCAACUGGAAAGGACUAUAGUGUCUUUGAAGAAGCAGGUGUUCCAGGACACGUCUACUGGUGACAAAGAAUUGAAGAUGAUAGAGGAAAAUAGUAUACUUACUGUAGAAUUAAACGCACUGAGGGAAGAAUUAAAGCAAGCGCGAGAACACUUUUUGCGUAUGGAGAGUCUGUUGGGAUUAACGCGAAAAGACGUGCGACCUACAGAAGCGAGAAAAAUCUUGGAACAAGCGUUUCACGGAUACCAGGAGUUGCAGGAGAAAUACACGAGGCAAUUGCAAGAAAAAAAACAGGUUAUUCUAGCACUAAAGGAAGAUAUUAAGCAAUUGUUGAGCAAGAUUCCUUGCGAAGAAAAGGAAGAAGAAAAGACAUUUUGA